GCAGUCGGACGGCCCAAAGGGAAACUGGGCGCUGCUUCCGCGGUGAAGCUCGCAGCUAAUCGGUCAACCGCUGGAGCACGUCGGAGGAGGACGCGAUGCCGCAAGUGCGAGGCGUGUCUGCGGACAGAGUGCGGCGAGUGUCACUUCUGCAAAGACAUGAAGAAAUUUGGAGGACCUGGCAGGAUGAAACAGUCCUGCAUCAUGAGGCAGUGUAUUGCACCAGUGUUGCCUCAUACUGCUGUGUGUCUGGUGUGCGGAGAAGCUGGGAAAGAGGACACGGUGGAAGAGGAAGAGAGCAAGUUUAAUCUCAUGCUAAUGGAAUGCUCCAUUUGUAAUGAAAUAAUACACCCAGGAUGCCUUAAGGUGAAGGAAUCGGAUGGUGUGGUUAACGAUGAGCUGCCGAACUGCUGGGAGUGUCCAAAGUGCAACCAUGCAGGGAAAACUGGAAAACAAAAGCGCGGACCCGGAUUCAAAUACGCAUCAAAUCUCCCAGGCUCGUUGCUGAAGGAACAGAAAAUGAACAGAGACAAUAAGGAAGUAACGGAUGCUGCGAAACGGAAAGGGGACUGCGAAGAAACUCCCAGGCGGAAAUCGGAGGAACAUUCCAAAAAGACUCAAGUGGACUCAAUACUGAGGAGGAAGUCAGACGAAGUGCAUCUGUGGAGGAAAAGGAAAUUUGAGAAACCCCAGGAACCCCCUAUGAGAAAGCGGCGGCGGUCGUGGAAGGCUCCAGAUGACCGAUCGGCCAUGAUCAAACCCCUGCGGCGCCUGAAGCAGGAGCCGGAGGAUGACCUGCCAGAAGCACCUCCCAGGUCCAAGGACAGUGACCAGUCACGGUCCAGCUCACCCACCGCAGGUCCCAGCACGGAGGGCGCCGAGCCCAGGGACAAGAAGAAGUUCAAGAUGAGGCGGAAAAGGCGGCUUCCCAAUAAGGAACUGAGCAAGGAGCUCAGCAAGGAGCUCAACCAGGAGAUCCAAAAAACCGAGAACAGCCUUGCCAAUGAGAAUCACCAACCCAUCAAAUCUGAACCUGAGAGCGAGAAUGAGGAACCUAAGCGUGCUUUGAACAACAGCGAGAGACUCCAUAGGUUCAGCAAAGGGUUAAACGGGACUCCCCGGGAGCUGCGGCACCAGCUCAUCCCCAGCCUGCGAAGCACACCUCGGGGAAUAACCCGGCCACCGCCUUCGCUCUCUCCUCCCAAAUGCAUUCAGAUGGAACGGCACGUUAUCCGGCCGCCUCCCAUCAGCCCCCCUCCGGACUCGCUCCCCCUGGAUGACGGGGCAGCCCACGUGAUGCAGAGGGAAGUCUGGAUGGCUGUCUUUAGCUACCUCAGUCAUAGAGACUUGUGCAUCUGUAUGAGAGUUUGCAAGACCUGGAACAGAUGGUGCUGUGACAAAAGAUUAUGGACCAAAAUAGAUUUAAACCAUUGUAAAUCCAUCACUCCACUUAUGCUUAGUGGCAUUAUUAGGAGACAGCCUGUAACCCUUGAUCUUAGCUGGACAAAUAUAUCUAAAAAGCAGCUGAGCUGGCUUAUCAACAGACUGCCAGGUCUCCGAGACCUGCUGUUAUCAGGGUGCUCGUGGAUAGCAGUGUCGGCACUUUGUAGUUCCAGUUGUCCUUUACUCCGAACUCUGGACGUGCAGUGGGCGGAAGGACUGAAAGACGCACAAAUGAGAGACCUCUUGUCACCACCCACAGAUAACCGGCCAGGCUGCAACGGGUGUACUUUAGAGAGUAUGGAAACACUUUCUUCCAGUUCAGGGAAGGAGCAGUUCUGUGGGUCAUGCCACAUUCGCCCGGAUAUCAGCUCAGGUCAGAUCGACAACCGGAGUAAGCUACGGAACAUCGUCGAGCUGCGCUUGGCUGGCCUGGAUAUCACAGAUGCUUCUUUGCGGCUGAUCAUAAGGCACAUGCCUCUGCUCUCCAAACUCAAUCUUAGUUACUGUAACCAUGUGACAGAUCAGUCCAUUAACCUGCUGACCGCUGUUGGAACCACCACGCGGGACUCGUUAACAGAAAUUAAUUUAUCAGACUGCAAUAAGGUGACUGACCAGUGCCUGUCUUACUUCAAACGGUGUGGAAACAUCUGCCAGAUCGACCUGAGGUACUGCAAGCAAGUGACGAAGGAAGGCUGCGAGCAGUUCAUCGCAGAAAUGUCCGUAAGUGUUCAGUUUGGGCAGGUGGAAGAAAAACUUCUGCAAAAACUGAGUUAGUUAAAGGACACGUGUAAAUACUGGGGCGGGGUGGGGGGAAGGGACUAAGAACAAGUAGGGAUUUUAUUUUCAGUUGGGAACUUGGAAUAUUGGAAAAUACCGUGAUGGGAUUUUACAACUCUUGUUGAGAACAACAUGAAACUACCCACGUUGAGAAUUUCAACUCGUGCCACUAAUUCAGUCUACCUGGGACGUCCUGCACUGGCUCUUAUGCAAACUGGUGAGGCGACUGUUACUGGUGAUAAUUGUUCACGCCCGGACGACGACUGAUCUCCAAGAAAUACUGUUAUUUAAAGUACCACAGCAUGUGCUUGGUAGUGUAAAUUUGAUUUCUGCUUUUCAUUUCUUACAACAGCAACAACAACAACAAAAGUCGGUGUCAUUAAAGUGGACCACGCACUGCAUUUCUGCCUUCUUAACACGUUUUGUUUUGUUACAUCUUACAUUAUGCAGAACUAUUUUUGUACAAAAAUUGUUUAAAGAUUAUUUAUGCAAUGUUUGAAUGCAUUACCAGUGUUUCGGUUUCGAUUGCCAAUUUUUAUCUUUACUUAUGGUAGGCGAGAACUUAACCUAUACUUCGUAGACAGUAUCUAUCUACAAACGUGCCCAGGUCAGGAAAAGUAGGUUAAUACUUUCAACUUCAAGCAUGUUUUAAU